UUCUAUAUAAUCCGCUUGCUUCCAGUUUGUUCAUCACUGGUCAUUUCCAAUUGCAAAGAAACUUGUGUUUGUUUUUUUACAUUAAUUUGCCUCUGCAAAAGACUUUCCUUAUCUGGGUUGUAAGGUUUUAAGAAGAAGAAGAAGAUUACAAUGCAUAUUGCUCAUUUCAUAUUCGGUAUUUUUGGAAAUGCCGCUGCUUUGUUUCUCUUCCUGGCUCCAACGAUCACAUUCAAGAGGAUCAUAAGAAGCAAAUCCACAGAGCAGUUCUCUGGAAUCCCCUACGUCAUGACUAUGCUCAACUGCCUCCUUUCUGCUUGGUAUGGUCUUCCUUUUAUAUCUGAAGACAACCUUCUGGUUUCAACAAUCAAUGGUGCAGGAGCCGCAAUAGAGUUGGUUUAUGUGUUAAUUUUCCUAAUCUUUGCACCAAAGAAGGAAAAGGCCAAAAUUUUUGGCCUCUUUGUAACUAUUCUUUCAGUAUUUGCAAGUGUAGCUUUAGUGUCCCUUUUAGCCCUCCAUGGCAACGGUAGGAAAAACUUCUGUGGGUUCGCUGCCACAAUUUUCUCAGUUAUCAUGUAUGCCUCACCUCUCUCCGUCAUGAGAAUGGUGAUUAAGACUAAGAGCGUGGAGUUUAUGCCAUUCUUCUUGUCACUGUUUGUGUUCUUCUGUGGCACUUCAUUUUUCGUUUAUGGGCUACUUGGUAAAGACCCUUUCGUGGCUGUGCCGAAUGGAUUUGGGUGUGCGCUAGGGACAAUGCAGCUGAUCUUGUAUUUCAUCUACCACAAGAAUAAGGAUGAGCAAAAGAAACCUGAGGCGGCAAAUGGGAGCGUUGAGAUGGGCCAAGAGAAAAAAGCUCUGGCCAAUGGGUCUAAAGCUGAAGAAGUUUAGGCCUUGUGCUGCGCAGGAUUUGUAAAAAUUUGUGC